AUGGAUCAAACAGUUGUGUUUUUCUUAUGGGCGAGACACUUGCUAUUGUGUCUUAAUCUCUUCGUAACAGACAUCACGCUGGAAUUCUCCGGUUAAUGUGUAUCUUUUAGCAUGGGAGCCACAGCUUGCAAACAUGUUUUAAGUUGUCCCGAACCAGUAGCUGAUAUUGGUCUUAUCGGUUUGGCUGUCAUGGGCCAGAAUUUGAUUCUGAAUAUGGCUGAUCACGGAUUCGUCGUUUGUGCAUUUAAUCGAACAACAUCGAAAGUGGAUGACUUUCUUCAGAACGAGGCAAAAGGCAAAAGUGUUGUAGGUGCUCAUUCUGUUCGUGAAUUGGUUGCAAAGUUAAAGAAACCCCGCCGUGUCAUGAUGCUCGUUCAAGCUGGAAAAGCCGUCGAUCAGUUUAUUGACCAGCUGGUAGAAUUCCUAGAACCCGGCGAUAUUAUAAUUGACGGUGGUAAUUCAGAGCAUGGCGAUACCACACGUCGUUGCACUGCCCUACGAGAGAAAGGAAUCUUUUAUGUCGGUUCAGGAGUUUCCGGUGGAGAAGAAGGUGCCCGAUAUGGGCCUUCCUUGAUGCCUGGUGGGCAUAUUGAAGCCUGGCCGCAUAUCAAACCCAUUUUUCAGUCGAUCUCUGCCAAGAGUGAUGGAGAACCCUGCUGUGACUGGGUGGGUGAAGGUGGAGCCGGCCACUUUGUAAAAAUGGUUCACAAUGGCAUUGAAUAUGGCGACAUGCAACUGAUUGCUGAAGCCUAUCAUCUAAUGAAAAGCGUCCUAGGAAUGACGCCACCUGAAAUGGCUGAUGUUUUCGACGAGUGGAACAAGAGCGAAUUGGAUUCAUUUCUUAUUGAAAUUACUGCCAAUAUUCUACGUUUCCAGGAUGAUAAAGGAGAAUACUUGGUUGAAAAAAUUCGAGAUUCUGCUGGGCAAAAAGGCACCGGAAAGUGGACUGCAAUCGCUGCCCUUGACUAUGGCGUUCCUGUCACUCUUAUCGGAGAAGCUGUUUUUGCCCGGUGCUUAUCCUCUCUGCAAACUGAACGCAUUGAAGCCUCUAAAGUGUUACCCGCACCUGCUUUCAAAGCUUACGACGGGGAAAGGGCUUCAUUUAUAGAAGCCAUCCGUCAAGCAUUGUAUGCUUCAAAAAUCGUUUCGUAUGCCCAAGGUUUUAUGUUACUUCGAGAGGCCGCCAAACAGUAUGACUGGACACUCAAUUAUGGUGGUAUCGCGCUUAUGUGGCGUGGUGGUUGCAUCAUUCGAAGUGUAUUUUUAGGCAACAUAAAAUUGGCCUUCGAGCGUAACCCAGAUCUCAGGAGUCUGUUAAUGGACGACUUUUUCCGACAGGCGGUGGGCACUUGUCAAGAGUCGUGGCGUAACGUAAUUGCCACUGCGGCCAAGUAUGGUGUUCCUGUGCCGGCUUUUUCAACAGCCCUCUCUUUCUAUGAUGCCUACCGAUGCCAACGUCUCCCAGCCAACCUUAUUCAAGCUCAGCGCGACUACUUCGGCGCACACACUUACGAGCUGUUGGGUCAGCCAGGUGUAUUCCACCACGCAAACUGGACUGGGCACGGCGGAAGGACUUCGGCGUCUACCUACCAAGCUUAAUUAUCCAGAGUCAAAGUCCAAAAUAAAAUAAAAUUAUAUAACCGCAGUUAAACUGGAUUGAAUUGUGCGCGGUUACGGAAGGGAGUUGGAUAUGUUAUUCAGUAAGGUUAUGGAAUUCCGCAAUGUGAUCUUUCUAAUUAUCCUUCUUAAAUUUCUUUACAUUUUAUAAAAUUUUCUAGUAAUUUCUUCAAUAUAUAUACAAGAUUGUCCGUGAAAUCAA